AGACAGUUUUGUAGCUAGCCAUUUGUCACCUAGGUGCAGGGUGUCGUUUUAGCAGCACACAGAAUGCAACGUUCCUCUAUUUUACUGUUUCAUGUUAAAAAUACAGAGUAAUUUUUACACAUUUUGAAUAUCAGCUAACAUAAACGGGACGUAGAGGACACAACGAAGCAAACCCUUAGCUGUUAAUCUGUGGGGAAACCAUUUUCUGACUGCCAAUGUGUUCGACACUACAGAAGUCUCGCUAGCUUAACAUAGCUAGCCAACCGAUACCGCCUGUUUCGUGGAUGGGUUCAUUGUACACGGUUCUCCUAAUAAAGAAAGUGACACAUGCUUAACCAUUAACAUGGAGGCUGCUGAAGAAGCGGAUAUUUGUCGCGUGUGCCGCUCUGAGGGUACCCCAGACAAACCCCUGUUCCACCCCUGUGUCUGCACUGGCAGUAUCAAGUUUAUCCACCAGGAAUGUUUGGUCCAGUGGUUGAAGCACAGCAGGAAGGAGUACUGUGAAUUAUGCAAGCACAGAUUUGCUUUCACACCAAUCUACUCCCCAGAUAUGCCCUCACGUCUGCCCAUUCAGGACAUCUGUGCUGGACUGCUAACCAGUGUGGGCACAGCCAUCCGCUACUGGUUCCAUUACACACUGGUUGCCUUUGCAUGGCUUGGGGUGGUUCCCCUGACUGCAUGUCGCAUCUACAAGUGUCUUUUUACCGGCUCUGUGAGCUCUCUUCUAACACUGCCAUUGGACAUGCUCUCUACAGAUAACCUCCUUGCAGACUGCCUACAGGGUUGCUUCGUUGUCACCUGCACUCUGUGUGCAUUUAUCAGUUUAGUGUGGCUCAGAGAACAGAUAGUCCAUGGUGGCGCCCCUCAGUGGUUAGAGCACCAGCCACCACCACCCAACCUGGCCGGACAAGCCAAUGAGGCACAAGCUGCAGGUCAGGGAGCAGCCGAUGAGCCUCCUGCAGCUCAGCCGGCCGCUGCUGAUCCUCCAGCCCAGAAUGAGGCAGAGCCUGAGCCCCCUGAUGUACCCCCAGACCAGGGUGAAGACCCAGAGUUAGAAGAGGAGGGAGCAGCUGCUGAAGAUGCGGACCCCAACAAUGGAGCACAAGAUGACAUGAACUGGAAUGCCUUGGAGUGGGACAGAGCAGCAGAGGAGCUCACAUGGGAAAGGAUGCUUGGCCUGGAUGGCUCACUGGUGUUUUUGGAGCAUGUGUUCUGGGUGGUGUCUCUUAACACACUUUUCAUCCUGGUCUUUGCCUUUUGUCCUUACCACAUUGGGCACUUCUCUGUUGUUGGUCUUGGCUUUAAGGACUAUGUUCAAGCAUCCCACUUUGAGGGCUUAAUCACAACAAUCGUUGGCUACAUACUGCUAGCCAUGACGCUCAUCUUGUGCCAUGGACUGGCUGCUCUGGUCAGGUUCCAGCGUUCCCGCCGUCUUCUUGGAGUUUGCUAUAUUGUUGUCAAGGUCUCUUUACUGGUUGUUGUGGAGAUUGGUGUUUUUCCAUUGAUCUGCGGCUGGUGGCUUGACAUCUGUUCUUUAGAAAUGUUUGAUGCCUCUCUGAAAGACAGAGAACUGAGUUUUAAAUCAGCACCUGGUACUACCAUGUUCCUGCACUGGCUCGUGGGAAUGGUAUAUGUCUUUUACUUCGCGUCUUUCAUUCUUCUGCUGAGAGAGGUGCUGAGACCUGGAGUGCUGUGGUUUCUGAGAAACCUCAAUGACCCGGAUUUUAACCCGGUGCAGGAAAUGAUUCAUCUGCCAAUCUACAGACACCUGCGACGGUUCAUUCUGUCUGUGGUUGUCUUUGGCUCUAUUGUGUUACUCAUGCUGUGGCUGCCGAUCAGGCUGAUAAAAGUACUGAUGCCGACUUUCCUCCCAUAUAACGUGAUGCUCUACAGUGAUGCUCCUGUCAGUGAGCUGUCUUUGGAGCUGUUAUUACUCCAGGUUGUCCUUCCCGCUCUGCUGGAGCAGGGACACACUCGCCAGUGGCUCAAAGGCCUGGUCAGAGCCUGGACAGUCAGUGCUGGUUAUUUACUAGACCUCCACUCCUACCUUCUCGGAGAGCAGGAGGACACCGACGCCAACCCGCCGGUGAACAAUAAUAACAACAAUCCUCCCCAUGGUCAUCAUAACAACAACAACCCUGCCCCCGCAGUUGGGGAGGGGCUGCAUGCGGCUCAUCAGGCCAUCUUACAGCAAGGGGGACCAGUGGGUUUCCAGCCCUACCACCGACCCCUCCGCUUCCCAUUUAGGAUUGUGUUGCUGAUUGCAUUCAUGUGCAUCACUCUGCUAGUGGCCAGUCUGGUGUGCUUAACCCUCCCAGUUUUCACGGGCCGCUGGUUGAUGUCGUUCUGGACUGGAAAUUCCAAAAUCCAUGAGCUGUACACUGCAGCAUGUGGUCUGUAUGUCUGCUGGCUUUCGAUCCGUGGAGUCACGGUUCUGCUGGCCUGGAUGCCACAGGGACGCACCGUGAUCAUGCACAAAGUCCAGGAAUGGACACUCAUGAUCCUGAAGACCCUUGUAGUGGCGCUCUUGGUUGCUGGAGUCAUCCCGCUGCUACUUGGUCUGCUGUUUGAACUUGUCAUUGUGGCCCCACUCAGGGUACCUCUGGACCAAACACCUUUGUUUUAUCCCUGGCAGGACUGGGCUCUUGGAGUGCUCCAUGCCAAAAUCAUUGCUGCCAUCACUCUCAUGGGCCCUCAGUGGUGGCUGAAGGCUGUUAUUGAGCAGGUUUAUGCCAAUGGAAUCCGCAAUAUUGAUCUCCAGUUUAUUAUCCGAAGACUGGCGGCUCCUGUCAUCUCAGUCCUGCUGUUGUCCCUGUGUGUGCCGUAUGUGAUCGCUGCUGGGGUGGUCCCCGCUGUAGGAGUUACCCCAGAGAUGGAGAUUCUCAUGCAGAGAAGAAUCUACCCAUUCCUGUUGAUGGUGGUGUCGCUCAUCGGCAUCCUUUCCUUUCAGAUCAGACAGUUUAAACGCCUUUAUGAACACAUCAAGAAUGACAAAUACUUGGUCGGCCAAAGACUUGUCAACUAUGAGCGGAAAUCUGGCAGAUCAAACUCAGUCCCAACCUCCAGCCCUGACUCGGAGUAAAUUUUUGUGUUACCUUGCCACAUUUUUGCACUGGUUACCCUUUGUGUACCCUCUACAUCCCGCAUCCAGUCUGUUGAUUUUCAACUCAUUCCUCAGAAAGUAAUCCUUUUUGAAUCUUCUGUGGAUCUAUUCGGAUUUGAUGAUACUCACUUUCCUUUCAUACACAUCAAAGAUGGGAUAGUAAAAUGUAUUACAGUCCUAAUAUUGGAUUAGCAAUUUUGUCAUUCACGCCUUGCUUUGUAAAGUGCUGCCUGUUAAUUGUACAUGUGUAAAUAGUUUAAACACAGACUUUGUCUCAUGAAAAAAGACAGUUGUGGGAAAAAAAAUGCAAUGACCAUUGUACAUCUUAAAAGUGUAUGUAUAAUUUAUUAAAUCAAAUUGACAGUU